AUUGUCUAUGAUGUCAAAAAGAAAAGAAUUUUGAGGAAACGGACGAUUAGUUUCGUGUUGUAGAAUUUUCUGUGUUGAAAGAGGUUAAAUGAAUCAGCAACGUAGUAUAGUACCGUUGAAACAUGUUUGAUUAGUUUUCUACGAAAUAAUUUUAUGUUAAUUCUUUGUUUCAUUGUGUAAUUACCACGCUAGUUCAUAAAUUGUGAGCACAAAUAAAAUGGCGACUGACCAAGCAAAAAACCGCAUGCAUGUAUUCAAGAACACUGGAAAAGAUGUCGAUGAAAUGCGCAGGCGAAGGAACGAAGUGACAGUUGAGCUAAGAAAGAAUAAAAGGGACGAAACGCUCCAAAAGCGUCGCAAUGUGCCCAUCAACGACUCCACAGACGAGGACGAGAUCGAGAGGUCACUGGCGGCGACCAAUCUGAAGGAGCUGGUGAUGAACGCGGCCAACGCCGAGAACCCCGACGUGCAGCUCAUGGCGGUGCAGCAGUGCCGCAAGCUGCUGUCGUCGGACAAGAGCCCGCCCAUCGACGAGCUCAUCAUGAACGGCAUCCUCCCCAUCCUCGUGCAGUGCCUCUCCAGAGCCGACAACCCCACGCUCCAGUUCGAGGCGUCCUGGGCGCUCACCAACAUCGCGUCCGGGACGUCGGCACAGACGAACAAAGUGGUCCACGCCGGUGCUGUGCCCUUAUUUUUGCAGCUGUUUAUGUCCCCACAUGAGAAUGUCUGCGAACAGGCGGUGUGGGCUCUGGGUAACAUAAUUGGAGACGGGCCCGUGCUGAGGGACUUUGUCAUAGAGAUGGGAGUUGUUAAGCCAUUGCUGAGCUUCAUCAAACCAGAAAUUCCUAUUUCGUUCCUUCGUAAUGUGACGUGGGUGAUCGUCAACCUGUGCAGGAGUAAGGACCCACCGCCACCAGCUAAAACUAUUCUAGAAAUUCUUCCCGCUCUCAAUGUACUCAUCGUUCAUAAUGACACUAGUAUCUUAGUAGACACAGUGUGGGCAAUUAGUUAUUUAACAGACGGUGGAAAUGAACUUAUCCAAAUGGUCAUAGAAUCUGGAAUAGUCCCCAAACUGAUCCCACUACUAUCACACAAGGAGAUGAAAGUGCAAACGGCAGCGCUCCGCGCGGUGGGCAACAUCGUGACAGGGACGGACGAACAGACACAGAUCGUACUCAACUGCGAUGCUCUCUCGCACUUCCCAGCGUUAUUGACACAUCAGAAAGAAAAGAUCUGCAAAGAGGCCGUGUGGUUCCUAUCGAACAUCACAGCGGGCAACAAACACCAGGUGCAGGCCGUGAUCGACGCGGGCCUGCUGCCGCUGAUCAUCGACAACCUGCGCAAGGGCGAGUUCCAGACACAGAAGGAGGCCGCGUGGGCCGUGUCCAACCUCAGCAUCAGCGGCACCAAGGACCAGGUGGCCACACUGAUCAACUGCGGAGUUAUACCGCCCUUCUGCAACCUGCUGAGCUGCAAAGACACUCAAGUCAUCAAUGUGGUGCUCGACGGUCUGAGCAACAUGCUCAAGAUGGCGGGCGAAAACGCCGAGCAGGUAGCCAACAUGAUCGAGGAGUGCGGCGGCAUCGACAAGAUCGAGGCGCUGCAGAGCCACGAGAAGGUCGAGAUCUACAAGAUGGCCUACGACAUCAUCGAGCAGUACUUCGCUGGGGAGGAGGAGGAUGCGACACUAGUGCCUGCGGCGGCGGACGGCGGCUUCCAGUUCGACGCGGCGGCGGGCCCGCACGACGCGCUGCGCUUCUAGGCCCGCCGCGUCUCCGCUGGAUUCACGAACGAUAGUCCCGGCCCCGGGCCCGCCCGGCGACGCCUCGUGUAAAUUGUUAUUGUGCGGCCCCCCGCUAGGGCUUCGCGCGGGGAGCCCGUGUCGUUCGUCGAUUCAACGGGCCGUUACAAAAAGGCCCCAGCACGGCCCCGGCCCUGCUGCGGUUUCGUUGUGAUACAACUCUAAUGUGAUGUUUCAAAAUAUUUUCAACUUGUUUUCGAUUUCGUAUUGUGACGUAAACGGACGAUGGACAUGAAGUGGAUAGCUUUAACGAUAAGUGCGCGUACGACGUACGCGGGGAUGUAUUCGCUUACUAUUGAUGCUUUUGAUAAUAACAUAGUAUUUAUGUUUCGAUUUUAACUCCGAAUGUAAUAUCAUCAGAACCUCAGGACUAGAGUGAACACCGUAUUUUAAGGUUAUCGAUUAUGUUCUGACAUUAAGCCCAUUUGUAUCUAUAUACCAAUAAAUUCUGUCCAAUAUUAA